AUGGCGUCGCCGAUACUCUCUCAACGGACGUACCGGCUUACUCAAAUUCCACACGGAACCACUGUCGAAGAGGUUGAAAAAAGUUUCCCGCUCGAUGUGAGAGACACCAUCGAGCGCCUCUCUCUGGCGCGUUGUGCCGAUCCCACGGCGGCUGGAGAGCAAGUCUCUACCGUAACUUUCAAGACGGAACCUUCGUUUUUAGCCUCGUUAUCCUAUAAGUUCGGAAGCUUGCUGUCAGCCCUUGUUGAAAAUAUACAUCCAAAGCUUUCUCGAGUCUGGAUUGAUGCCCAUUUCCACGGGUUCACCCCGCUCAAUAAUCCGACAGAUGAGACAGCGACAGUUCAUAUAAUUGCUCUGACGGGACUGGGUGGUAAGGCCUUUGCUUCGUGGCAAUGCUAUGAUGGGUCCAUGUGGCUCCGCGAUCAUGCUCCAGUGGAUAUCCCCAAUUGCCUCAUUUCGAUCUACGGAUACUCAUCAGACGUUGGGAACACCGACUCAAUCUCAACACUCUCAGAGAUGGCGGAGAGUUUUGUGUUAGAUUUGACGAAUUACGCUGCUUCGGGAGCUCUUGGCGAUAAGGUAGUAAACCAGUUCGCUCUCACAGAAGCUGGGGCUUAUAACAUUGACGCAAGAUGGUUAUAG